GGUAUCGGCGGCUCGGCCUACAGUGAACGUGCGCAAGGCUUGGCCAGUUCCGGGCAUUGCAAGCUUGCCACCCGGCACCAGCUUCCCGCCCAUUCUUUGCGCGCCAGCGAAGAAGGCGCAUUUAUCAUGUCGACUUCACUUCGCAAAUCGGUGUCGCUGCUAGCAGGGCUAAGGCGGCUGACAUGCGAGGCGGGGGCGCCGUGGGCUCAGGCACGCGGGUUUCGCGCCGGCGCGUUGCUGUCAGAGGUCGCCGCCACCGCCGGGGCCAAGUCGGACGCGGAGGCGGAGGACCCGGCGUCCAUCGAGGCGUUCCGCAAGUCUAAGAACUUCCGGCGGCGUGCUGACGGGCGCGUGAUGCUGCAGGGGCCCACAAGCGGCAAGUGGAUGGAGGCCAAACUGGAUGGGUACGUGGAAGGCUCGCUGCUGCUGCUGGCGCCCGACCACGGCGUGCACUACCUGGUGUCGGAGGACCUGAGGCAGAUCGACCUCAGCAAUGACCAGCUGGUGGGUCAGCUGUUUGGUGAGGGCGGCUGGGAGCAGCUCAUGCAGCCGCUGUACACACAGACGGCGGAGGGCGCGCUCAAGCACGUGCGCAUGAGCCCCGCGCAGUUCCGGGCCAUAUUCACGGUGCUGAAGGAGGCGCCGCCGCCAGAUGACGGCGGCGGCUUUGUCAGCGCGGCGCCGCCGCCCUCCUAGGCGCCUGCGGAAGGAGGGCUUUACCGGGGGGUGUGGGGUUAGUGAGGGGGGGGAUAGUACCGAGUAGGGUGGGACAGCAGGGCAUUAGCGUGCACAGUGCCGAGUGAGAUUGUGUGGAUUGGGAACGGUACUUUGUUGAAGUGGGCCAGCAGGCGUAGGCAGCUGCAUGCAUGGUAGGUGAGGGCUGCUGUGGCGGAGGUUGUCAAGAACACGGGCACUGGCAGGGGCACGCGCACGGAACGCAAAGCGACACGCGGAGCAGGCGGCAACGGCGCGCACAGCGGCCUUGGAGGAGUGGAGCUGGAUGGCGCCACGCCGGUGCCGCCUGCAUCCCUGCUCUGGUUUUAGCGUUGUUCGGGUACGGUAUUCGUAGAAUUAGUGUGCCUCAACCGAAUCUUUGUGGCACCGAGAGCGUUGAAGAAUUGGAACGAAGGAAUAAGCAUGUGCCACCUCUGGGUCCUGCUUGGUCAAACGCACGCGCACGCAGGGUGUGUGCAACGAUUUUGUUGUUCGGUUGAUUUUGUGCCGAGUUGGGGACACGCUGUGGUUGACUUGUAGGUUGGGAAAGUGGGAAACGGCGGGCAUGGCAGGUUUAGGAUCCGGUGGUCGGGUUGGUCAUGAGUUGGUCCGGCGUAGGCUGGCGCGGAGCAGGGUCUGCAGGGACGCGAGGUGCCGGCGGCUCGGGAGGCAAAACAUGGAACAUUCUUACAUUCUUACAUGCACUUGGCGCACCGCGCACGUCACGCCACGUCCUUGUUAGGAUUUGAGUGCGAUGCAAGGCUGCCUGCCAAGGCGCCAUAGGCGUUCUGGUCAGUUCUGGUCAACCCGUCGAUCCACGGCUGGUGCGGCUGCGGGAGCCACACACAUCGGGACUACGCUUUCCUGCCCCUUGCCAUGUUCCAUCACGUGCGGCU